CUCUCCCUUAUCAUUGAUUUUUCACCAUCGCAUAACGACUGGCCUCUCAAGGACUUUUUCACUUUCCUUAUCCCUCUACCCUCUUAAUCCCUUGCAACUUCCUUUUUUUUUUUAAAAAAAAAAAUGAAAUCCUCAUUCAUCCAGCACUUUACUAUAUUCGCCUGUGCGAUCGCGAUUCUCUGUAUCUAUCAAGUUGAAGCAGCCAGAAAAGAUCAUGGCUCUGGAAAAGCAGCCUGUGUAGCGGCUGAUCCUGACCUUCAGAUCUUCUGUGACGAGCCCCAAGCCAAGUUGAACCAGAUAAUAGAGGACAUCUUUGCCGACAUUCCUUUGACCAACCCUGGCUCCAAGCAGGACAACAAGAUGGCCACUGCUACUGUAGCUACACGUCGUCAACAGCAGCGCCAGAACCUGCUCCUUCGUCAGAAUGGUCUCUUCUCGGACAUCAAGAAUUACUUUGUCUCCUAUUGGGAAAACUUAAAGCUGAUUUUCCAAGGCAAGUUUGGUGAGGGCAUUUUUAACCAGCUCAAGAAUUCAGGCUCAUGGUGCGAGAAGGAUAACUGGAUUGUAAAGGCAGUCAAAGCGGGUAUCAAUGCUGUCUCUGGCGGUGCCCUCACUAGUAUCUGUGAGUGCCUCUAUCCCAUGAUCCGUGAUCACAAGAGCUAUCAAGACCUUGCAGCCGACGUCUUUAAAAAUGGUCUCCACAAUGUCUUGAACGGCUGCUCCGAUAACUUUAAGGAACAAAUUAAAAAAGCUCUCAAGAAGUCCAUUGGCGUCAACAAAAUUCAUAGAGACAACAGUGAUAUCCUCCAUACUGACCACUGAAGAUGACCCUUUUUUUAUUUUUAUAUUUUUUUUUACUAUUUAUCACAUUUGAUACAAUUAUACUAACGUGAGAAACAAAUAACGUCUAUUUAUUAAUUAAAUGAGUAUCUUUUUAAACAAA